AUGGAGAUAAUGGAUUCACCAGAAUUUGUAUUCCUUGGAAACAAGAAGCAUGAGAAAAAGAGCACAUCUAAAUUACAGAAAUUUAAAAAACCACUCAAUUACCAUAACGCUACUCACUGCUAA